AUGAAGAUCGAAGCCCUUCGGACUCCAGAGAGCUGCUUUGAUGGCAUUACGGAUUUCCCUUAUCCACCCCAGUAUGUCGAUGAUGUGCUGGGCACUGGACUUCGACUGUGCUACUACGAUAUUCCUGCCUUGACAGAGGAUGAGAAUGGUCCCGUCUUUUUGUGUCUCCAUGGCGAACCUACCUGGUCGUAUCUGUAUCGCCACAUGAUUCCAGUCUUCCAAACAGCUGGACGAGUUCUUUGUGUGGAUAUGAUGGGCUUUGGACGGUCUGACAAACCCAUCCGCCAAGAAGAUUAUUCGUAUUCCUUGCAUCGCGCCAUGCUGCUGAGCAUCAUUGAACAACACCUCAAUCUCACCAAUGUCACGUUGGUAGUACAAGAUUGGGGUGGAAUUUUGGGGUUGACAUUGCCCUUGGAAGCGCCACAGCGAUAUUCUCGACUCGUCCUCAUGAACGCUAUGCUCCCCAUCGAACCCGAAUCGACCAUGAUGGCCAGGGAUUUGUUGUUACAACAGGAUCAAAGAACGACUGGAUUUGGAGCCUGGCAUGCCUUUUCGCAAUCCAGUGACGAUUGGAACGUGGGAGAUUUGAUUCAUCUCACUUGUCGCAAACAAUUGUCGCCCGAGACGGUGGCGGCCUACAAUGCUCCCUAUCCUUCAGCCGCCUACAAGGCGGGAGUCAAUGUUUUCACCAAGCUCGUGCCAUUCUCACCCACACAAGAUGGGUAUGCCAUGGGUCGAGCCGCCUUGCAGUUUUGGCAACAUCAAUGGGCGGGUCCCACCUUUUUGGCCGUGGGAGCCAGGGACCGAGUCAUUCCACCCGCCCUCAUGAACCGAUUGGCGUCGUGCGUGCGUGGAUGUGGUCCGCCACUAAGCCUGCCGCAAGUGGGACACUUUGUCCAAGAACAGGCCGGGGCCGAGGUGGCACGAGCAGCACUGCAGUACUUUGCCAAAGCCAAGCCUCACUUAUUGCCCAAGCUAUAG